AUGGCUGUUGCCUCGUCCGCAGCUGCGGUACGCGCCCUUUCCGUACCCCAGCAUCAGCCAUACCAGACAUUGGCAAGAACAAGCCGAAUCUAUGACCCUCCAGAAGCCAAAGGCAUUGAUGGUCAAGCACUGGCAGCGAGCUCGAACCCAAGAACCGUCAGUGUACACGACCAAGAACCUCCUGGACUUGGGACAAUUCAGGAACCGUGCUGGCCUCAACUUCGCCUUCGUGGAGGACAACAUGUUGCAAGGAAUGCUUGCGGCGCGCGCCAGCAAAGGCCUGACGGCCCAAUUGAAGCGGGAUGCCAUUCAGGAAGCCCAACGCGAAGCCGAGGCCGCUACCAAGCGUGGAGAGAAGCACGACAUGGUGCGCUCCCUCAUCGGCCCAAAGGGAGGCCUGCCAACGUUGAAGGCAGACCUGGGAAACUGGCUUCACUCCUGAACAUCCCCGUCCAGACUGGAAUGACUGUGGAAGAUCUCAAGAAAGCUUGCCGCCCCUUGGUUGCCGAGAUUGCUCAAAAGCCAACUCCCUCGAAGGCAAGUGGAUCUACCAGUUCAACGGAAAGACAUGUCCCCGAGACUUCAAUGGCGAGACCUUCUCAAGCGCCCGAGACAAUUGGCGCGAAGGCCAAGGCAUCUCCUGGAGUGACCGCUCAAGAGCUACAGGAAGUCCUCACCAUGCAGGACCACAAGUUCCAAGGGAUGCUGAACCAAGUGCUCCAGAGCAUUUCGACCCUGCACCAAGCAUCGCACCUGCCAGGACCUAUGACUUCCGGUCCGAUGGAAACCGAAGCAACCAUGGAAGUGAAUGAAGUCUAUGAGGAGCAGUGGCAUCGAGCGAUGGACCACUUCCAGAACGAGAUCUUUGUCACCACCCUCACCGUUGGCGAUGAGAAGUCUUUUCAGUCCCAUGCCAUGUCUGAGAAUAGGUUGAUUUCAAAGAACCCCGACCUUGUUGAGAAUGACCGCUUCCCCAAGACCUUUGUCACUGAGGUCUACACAAACACAGAGCGAGUUGCGCAGACGGCUCGCAAACGAGGACAUCGAGUGGGAGCCUCAAUGAGCUUGGAAUCAGGAUGGAACUUUCUCCGUCCACUGGAUCGCACAGCUGCCAGAGCCGUCCUGAAGCGUGAAAGUCCUUUCUUUUUGGUGCUGGCAUUUCCUUGUUCCUUUUGGAGUGUGUUACUCAACCUCAACCCUCCGAAGAAUGGCACCCAGAUGUAUGAGGAAGCGAUCACCCUCUUGCAGUUCGCCCUCCAAUUGGCCAAGGACCAGAAGAGUCGUGGUUGUCACUUUGUUUUGGAGAACCCUCAAUCCUCUAGAGCAUGGACCCUGGAAGAGAUGCAAAGAGCCUUGGAGCAACUUGAGGCCCGUUGUGUAGUCUUCCACCAGUGCCGAUUCCGCUUGAAGAACCAGGCCCUGGUGGUUGGAAUGGAAAAGCAGUUUGAAGCUGACUUCAAAAGACCACACAACACCCUUGCCAUCGAAGGCGGUGAGGAGGCUGAAGAUGAGACCGCCCUGCCGAUUGACAUGAACCUGAGUGACUCUGAUCAGGAGUCCACUGAAGCUGAGGCAGUAAGCGCCUACAACUCGGACAUCAACGACGCUGGUGUCUCUCCUAUGCAAGCUGCCUUUGGAAAGCAACCCCGGAUGCACGGAGAUUGCCUUGGUGAUUUUGGUCGCCGCUUGAGUGAGCAUGGACUCAUCGACUCUCGGCCAAGUUUGGCCAGACAAGUUGCCAUGCGAGAGACUGCUCGCUUGGCGAUGGUGCGCCUUCAUUUUUCCAAAGGUACAUCUCCAUUUCCUGAAGCUGUACGAGCUGCCUUUGAACAGAGACGGCAGAGCGUUUCCAGUGCCGCCCCAAGUGCUAGCGGCGAGUCACAAGCUUCCAAGAGGCCUGCUGAACUGGAUGCUGAGCGCUUGCGUGAAGAAGCUCUUCAACCAGACCCUGUUGCUCCAACUCCGGUUCAACCUCCAGAUGAAGUUCCUGAUGAAGCUUCCGAAGCCCUGAGAGUGACUCAUGAAGUGAUGGAAAUGGAAGCCUAUGCCAAUGUACAUCCGCUCCGUCAGAUCCAGAUCAUGGCAGAACAGGAUCGUCUAAAUCCCUUGGAAGCCAGAGUCCGAGACCAUGGGACAUGGCGUGGCAAUUGGCCUCUCCCCUCGAGGACAGAAUUCAAACGACGGCAAAUGCUGAAGCAACUUUGGCCCCUUGGCAAUGAUGAUGCUGCUCAGGAAGUGCUUGCAGUGCUCACUGCUCGUAAGGAGCAUGUAUGGAGUCACAUGUCGGACUUUGAGAAAAAGGAGUUCCGUGAAGCAGCAGCCAAAGGAUGGUCAGUAUGGGUUGAAAAUGAAGCCAUCGAACCUCUUCCAGAUGCCGAAGCUGCCCGCAUUAGUAUGAAGUGGAAGCUGGCAAGUGCUGACAUCAAGUCGGCAUUCAUGAAAGGUGAAGAGUUUGGCCCCAAUGAACGCAUCCUCUACCUCGCCAACGUGAAGACCAGAGUGGUGCGCGUGAAGGAGGCGACCAAAGGCCCUCGGCAAGUGCCGAGCUCUUUGGGCGGCCCUGCCGGGGCAGAGGUCUUGAGGAGUGCCAUGAGCGAGCAAUCCUUGUUGAGGUGUAGCUUGGUCGUGCCCAGCAAGGCCAAUGCCCAUGUCUUGGAGUCCUCGAUCUUGGAUUACUUCGCCUUUACCGACCGAGCGGUCGCCUUCAAGGUCAGCCGCGAGGUGGAAUGGGCUCCAGUCCGAGACAUCAAAGGCCGCCACACGGCAGACGCCGCCAGGCUCACGAUGCACCGCUUGCACUGUGCGUGGGUCCGCGCAGCGGGUGGGACCAUCGAAGAGCAAGCGAACGAGUCGGACACCUUGGAGGUCUCACCCCUCCUCAGCUACGAGGGCGAGGGUCUAGGAGCACGGCCAGUACCAGGCAGCAAGCGCGUGGAUUUGGAUGGCUCCGUCUUGAAGCUGCCGUGCCACUUGACCGGGCCACAAGAAGCGCCCGAAGAGGCGGCCGAAAAGCUGGACGAGACCAGUGGAACUCAGGCAGCAGAUGGCCUUGACACCAGCGCCUUCUAUCUCCAGGAGUAUCCCUUGAGACCGGCUGUGAGCACGUCCAAGGCCCCGAUGCUGAAGGAUCCGGGUGGUGGCUGGUGA